ACUAUGCGGAUGAACCUCCUACUUUUCAAUCUCAAGGCAAUAAUUACUUUAGAUACUUCAGUAAGGGAUGUACUGGAAUGUGAUAUUUGUUUUAUGUGCAAUUACCUGUGAAAUUGAGAAAAAACUAAUUAUUAUUGUACUUUUUGUUUCAUAUGAAUUCACAUAUAUUCAGCCAAACUGAUCAUUCCUAGACGAUUGCCCUUUCAACCUUUCUUCCUUUUUUUUAUUGCUGCAAUUGACCUAUGCUCUUCUACCUGCCAUAAGAAAAAAAAAGAAGAGAACAACAAGCAAUUACACACUCUGCAAAGUGCCCCCCCUCCCCCCACACACACACACACAUAUGGAGAGUCAUAUCUCAUUACCAUUCUCCUGAUAGUGCAGCCAGUGGGUGUUGCAAUAGGAGGAGGUGGAGGGAAAGAGAGCAAGAGAACAAGCUUCAGAGAGAAUGAGCGAGAGGGAGGACGAGGACAGGCAGGAAACCAGAACCGGCAUUAAAGAGAUAGAAGAAAAGAGGAGCAGCGUGUGGGAAGAGCAGCCCAUCAGAAAAAGAGCUUUCAACAUAUAGAGGAGGGGAGCCAGUUUGUGUAGAGUGCGUCACAGCCUGUGGCUCUGUCUGUGUGAUCCACGGUUCUCUGGAGGCCGUGGCAGCCAUGGCGACAGAGCCAGGCACCCAGUCCAGGGUGAUGUUUCAGGCGCCGGACAAGACAGAAGACUCGGCACACCGUAAGCUGGGUAAGCUGACAGUGAAGUACAACCGCAAGGACCUGCAGAGGAGGCUGGAUAUUGAGGAGUGGAUCGACGGGCAGCUGCACCUGCUGUUUGACUGUGAGGAGGAAGAGAUUCCAGAGUUAGAAAUCGACAUAGAUGAACUCCUAGAACUGCCCGAUGAAGGACAAAGAACUCGACUUGAGGAAUUAUUGCAGGAAUGUGGAAAGCCAAAAGAGGAGUUUAUCAACGGGCUGCUCUACAGGAUAAAAGGUCUACGUAAAAUGUCAGGCCCCUUGAAGAAGUAAUUGGAGGUCAAAUUAAGAACCAAGACGACGUGGAGCCUCUUCUUCCCCACAGGUUAAGAGUUUGUAUGCCUGGAAGUGCAAAUAUCAGAUCGGGGACAUUUCCUGACUUCUUCCCCCCUUCUUGAGUCAGAAUGAAUUUUUUCUGCUCAAUUUAUGGACUCUAAAAUUUAAGUUCCCUUCAAAAUAUCAAUAAUGUAAAAGUGAUAAACAUGACGCAACUAUUACCCAGAUGGACUCUUUUUUUGUGUAAGAGUAAAAGAGUGUACAUUUUCAGUUUCUUAUUUAUGUACAUAAGCAUUUUGUUUAGGUAACAGUGUUGUUGGAAUAAAGUGGAAGCUUUUCAAAACAAGGCUGUUUGUGCAAAUAAUCAGAUUUAGAACAAAGUGAUGAACCAGUUUGUUUUAUUCGACAUUAAUUAUGCAUCUGCAGGUUAGGUUUGAAUAAAUUAGAGUACUGUUGAAAAGUU